AUGGGGAAUUGCUGCUCGAACACCGCCGUGGUGACCCGCCAUUCGGAGGCUCUACCCCCCCGUCCCCAGCAUCCGACGACAGCAUCCGUCCCCACCACUGCCGUGUCGACUUCCGGCAACUCCCCGUCGUCUGUCCUCUUAUCGCCGACAGACGAGGUGACCAAAGAGCACACUCCGCCGACUCCCACGCUUACCGAGUCGGAGCAACAACAGCAACAACGCAACAGGAAAUCCCCUCUAACCGAGCAAGAGUUGAAUCAACGCACGUCUGCCUCGCAUGAACCAGAGUCAUUCGUCAGCGGCGACUACAAGAUCUCGUACGCCUACGUCUCCCUGCGUGGGUAUUACCCCGACUCAAUCAACAAGCCCAACCAAGAUGCGUACGUGUGCAAGCCGACAUUCCACAAUGAAUGCUCGUUCUUUGGUGUAUUCGACGGACACGGAACCACAGGGGACAAAUGCGCGCAGUACGCUCGCGAUGUCGUCCCGACGUUGCUGCAGCAGCAUUUAACAAAGAAUAUCGAGACGACGGAGGCCCUCACCCGAGCGCACGUCGACGCCAAUACCAUGAUGCAUUCGGCCCCGUUCGACGACUCGAUGAGCGGGACGACCGCCAUCUCGGUCUUGUUCCAGACGAACGAAAUCCACAUUUCGAACGUCGGCGAUUCCCGCGCCAUUAUUGCGCAAGAAAUCGCGUCGGCGGACGGAACCCCCCCUCAACUGGUCGCAAAAGCGUUGUCGAUUGACCAAACACCGUUUCGCAAGGAUGAACGGGACCGCGUCAAGAAAACUGGCGCACGCAUCUUGACCGUCGACCAGCUCGAGGGAUACGAGCCGAUCCACGAGAACUGGGGACUCACACUCGGCGACGAAAUCGACGAGUCCGGAGACCCGCCUCGUAUUUGGCACCCCUACGGGGACUACCCGGGCACAGCCUUCACGCGCAGCCUUGGCGACCACGUAUCGGAGGAACUCGGGGUGUUUGCCGAGCCAGAGAUCAUUACAAAGACACUGAACGCACACGACAAGUUUAUCGUGAUAGCGUCGGACGGCGUGUUUGAGUUCUUGACGAGCCAGGCGGUGGUGAACAUCGUGAAAGAGUACAAGAGCCCUCUCGACGCAUGCCACACAGUCGUGAUGGAGUCGUUCUCUCGAUGGCUCGACUUUGAAGAACGCACCGACGACAUCACGUGCAUCAUUUUGUUCGUCGAGCCCGUGGCCAAGCAAGUGCCCGUUCGCUCGUCCAAAUUGCACGGACGCAAUAGCAUCAUCGCAGGACAAGACGUCCUCCUCGCCAUGCAAGACUGCUUGCGCCCAGUGCGCGGUCUCGAUUUGAACAAGAACUGGCGAUCUCGGGACACUAUCAUCGGUGGAUUCGACACUGCCCGCAUGUCGAUGGCGAGUGAAGAGUUGUUUUCCCCGGCCCACCAAGGCAGUCAUGGCCUCCUCUCGCCCAUCGCCGACUACGACGUCAAAAUGCACGCCGUCCCGAAAUCCCCCGAAGACCUUGCUCGCCUCGAGCGCAUGGUCCAACACAACUUUUUGUUUGCGCACUUGACCGCUGACAAGUUGAACGACGUGCUGUCCGUGAUGAAGCGCCAAGUUGUCGCAGACGGCGACGUUGUGAUCCGCCAGCACGAUGACGGCGACCGAUUCUUCUUGGUCGACUCUGGCCGGUUCGACGUUCGGGUCCGCAGGACCCCGGUCGAGCCGGAAGCGGCACCAUCCACGGGGGAUUCGUUGGAAGCCAUGUACGGCCCUGUUGUCCACACGUAUGUGGGGUCGGAGGGGUCGCACCCGACCUUUGGUGAACUUGCGCUCAUGUACUCCAAACCUCGCGCCGCGACUGUGAUUGCCACCGGCAGCGGCACGCUGUGGACGAUCGAUCGCAUGGCGUUUCGUUCGAUUCUCGUGCGCCGCCCGAUGCGCCAUAUCAUCCAGCGCCUGCGGAAUGUGUCACCGUUUCGCGCGCUCACGAUCGCGCAGCUAAACCUCGUGGCCGAGCACAUGCAGCAAGCGACAUUUACCUCAGUAAGGAACACCCAAACUCUCCAUCACUGGCCAGAAAAUGGACUUGUGCUUUGGCGACUUUGUGCUCGCCGACACUCCCACGUGGUACUCGUCUUUGGCCUUUUCAACCGUAUCCACAUACUGUCGUCAUGUAGUCCAUACUCGGCCGUGGCAGAAGAAGACACGGAAUGCCUAUGCAUAUCGCGUGAAGCCUUCGAAGCAACUCUGGGAACGCUAUCGGUCAUUGUCGAGCAGAACAAAGUUCGACGGGCGCGAAAGAGUAUCACGACACUGGCUAAACAGUCGGCACCGCUGCGCGGGUUGGUCGUGGUGGCGCACACGCCGUCACCGGCACUGGAAGGACUGGUUGACAUCGGGCAGGUCACAGUCGGCCCGACUAUCUGGCAAGAUCUGGUCGCGACGUGCCGGUUGGCGAAAUACAACAACAAGUGGGUCACGCUGAGGUCCAUCACCAAGCAGACCGUGGUCGAGUCGCACCUCAAGCACCAAUUGCUUGGUGAACAAGAUAUGUAUGUUGCCCUUGGCCGCGUCCAAGCGGGCCUCGCGCCUCUCUAUGGCGUUACGCAGACAGCCCACGACCUUCAUGCGGUCUUCGACGUGGCGUACGUGGGGGUCCUCGACGAAGUUGCCACAUUUCCCCUGUCGUCCGAGGCCGCGAUUCGAUUCUACGCGGCCCACCUUGUCGUGGCUCUUCAGUUGCUGCAUGCGGACGGCAUCUUGACACGAUCGCUGGAUCCUACGCACUUGAUGGUCACCCGCGAAGGCGACGUUGCUAUCUUUGGCUUAAAUUUGUCCAAGUACGUUGGCGCGGGCCGAACAUUUACCAUUUGCGGCAAUCCGGAAUACUUGGCGCCCGAACAAAUCAAUGGCCAGGGCCAAUCCCUCGUGACCGACUACUGGAGCCUCGGCAUCUUGUUGUACGAAAUGCUCGUCGGCACCACGCCGUUCGAGAAACACAACCAAGAUGAACUCGCCAUGUUCAACGGGAUCGUGGCCUUUUCUCCCGACUCGCUCGAGUUUCCUCCGACGUCAUCUCCGGCCCUCCAGUCCCUGAUCAAGAUGCUCUUGGACCCGACGCCAGCGACUCGAUUCGGCGCCGACGAUUGCUUGUUAAAGUCCUUCAGCGACUGUGCUGUUCCCAAGCAUUCGUUCUUCAACGGCUUGCAGUGGGACCAACUCCAAGAGACAAAGGCGCCGCUUCUCGCCAUCGCAACCGCCAAGUUCGAGCAACUGGUCACGGCGCUCAAGCCCCAACCGCUCGACUUGGGUGUGCCGUACACGGGUGACGCCAAGUGGAUGCAAGAGUUUUAG